AUGGGCGCCGUGGUUACGCUUUUGAUUCUGAUGGUGGACCCUUUCACGCAACAAAUCGUACAUUACUACCGCUGUUCCAUGCCAUUGGCACAUUUGCAAGCAACGAUACCUCGAGUGAACUUUCUCGUGCAAAACGUUGCCAGUACUGGUCCGAUGGAUGGUGAAGCUGGACCAGCACUGCAAGCAGCUGUGAUUGAAGGUGCACUUGGAUCUGUUGACAAAGUUGAAGCUGAUUGUCCUUCAACAAAUUGCACAUUCUCUCAGGAGUAUAGUACCAUUGGAUACUGUAGUACCUGCACGGAUACAAGUGAUGAGCUAUGGUUCCUCCAAACAGUGGUCCCGACAAACGGCACUGGUCUUAUAAAUGUGACCACAAUACUGCGGAAUGGUACUAGAUUUAAUGAAACUCUCGAUCAGUCAGCAUAUGACUCACUGUUCAACCGUAUGACCCGAACCACAACGGUUUCGAACUCUAGCUUUUCCAUGAUUUCGGGGCCCGGAAAAGAGUUCAACUUGACAGGUAUGAAAGUCUACGGCAAGGACCCUCAGAAUCCCAAUUCAGCUCGUCAUCGUGUUGCAAUAAUUCUUGCUAAACAAUUCAAAACUUUUGAUCCAAAGACUGGCAAUCAGCCAUCUGAUUGUGACAAUUAUGGAAAAACUGAUUGGUACUGCAAUGGCCUUGGCUCCGCAACAUGUACACUUGAGCCAUGUGUACGCACCUAUGUGUCUAGGGUCAAGAACGGUGUCCUGGAAGAGGAACGUCUCGAUCAUAACGAUCAUUCCAGAAGUCUUUGGGGUUACAAUCAAGGUCCAUCAACCGAUCCAGCCAAUAGAGAUCCACCGACCGAUUCAGUCAAUAGAAAUCCAAGGACCGAUUUAGUCGCACCUACCAAUGAUUCCACCUCACGCUCAUCUCUACCAUAUGUACCCUAUCAGGCAAUCAUAGAUCUAAAUUGUAUUUCAAAUGCAGAGCGCCAAAAUCUGUCAAGGAUUGGCUACACCCUCGGAGCGAAGCAGAGAUGGCUCCAAUACAAUGCAACAUUUGACCCUCAAUCAUCGAACUUCUCGUCUGACGCUAGCUUCCCUAUUUCAAUGAUGGUGCAUGGCUGUGUGUACAUGAUGGAUAGUUUCUUUCACUGGAGACUGUGGGAGCCAUUUUUAGAGCAGUUUCUCACCGGUGAAGUCGUUGGUAAAGCCUCAAACGGUACAAUGGGGUACAUCCAAACCCUGAGCGGGCCACAAGUCCUGCAAAACAUCUAUAAUUACGGCAAUACAAGCUUUGGCCGGGUCGAUAGCAUCUUUCGAAAUAUCUCGGACUCAAUUACCGCCUUCAUGCGACAAAACAGUGAAGCUCCCUUCUACAACCACCCUGCUAUAGGAGAUGUAAUGCAUGACGAGACUUGUCUGGCUGUGCGAUGGAAGUGGCUGAUUUUCCCCUCGCUAGUCACGACAAUGGCAAUUGCCUUCUUCAUCAGCAGUCUUGCACGGACAAGGUCGACUGAGAGUAGGCAUUUGCCAAUUUGGAAGUCAUCAUCGCUACCGCUUUUAUUACAAGACGCUGAAGCUGCGACGACCAAUACGAGGCACAAGGAUUGCCACGAUAUUGGAGUUUUGGAAAAGAUUGCGAAGGAAUGGGAUGCAUCACUUGUAAACAAUGAGUCUACGUCCAGUAGACUUGUGAAAGAAAGAAGAGUACCACGCCCCGAGGAGGAAGCCCCUGAAGAGGUGUAG